CUCAGCAGGCAACUAUACCAAAACCAGAACGAUGUAAAGAUAGUGGCUGUAGACCUGCAAGCAAUGGCACCCCUACCAGGUGUUAUACAGAUACAGGGUGACAUCACCAAGACAUCUACUGCUGAGAAUAUCAUCCGACACUUUGAAGGAGAGGAAGCUGAUCUAGUGGUAUGUGACGGAGCACCUGAUGUGACAGGACUCCACGAUAUCGACGAGUUUAUUCAGGCCCAGCUGCUCCUGGCUGCUCUCAACAUUACCACUCACGUAUUGAAGCUGGGUGGCACUUUCGUUGCUAAGAUUUUUAGAGGGAAGGAUGUAGCAUUACUGUUCAGUCAGCUGAGAAUAUUCUUUGAGGAUGUCAAGUGUUGUAAGCCUCGAUCGAGUAGAAACUCCAGUAUUGAGGCAUUCGUCGUCUGCAGAGGCUACAAUCCUCCGGAGGGGUACAUUCCCUCCAUGAUAAAUCCCUCACACUCAGAGUUGAUGGUCCGUCUGACUGACAUGACCGCUGCUGAAAGCAUUGAAGGAUCCAGUUGGGUCCUGGACAGCUGGUCCUUUCCUGGAAAGGGUAAUCUGAGGGGUCAUGCGCCUUUGCUUCACAAACAAAACUACCAGAUCCACCAGGAGCAACAGUAA